UCUUCUUUGCUUAGUCGUCGACGUUUCAUCUAUAACAUAUUGUCCUUAUACGCUUUAUAUGUGCUGAGAGCCUUGGAUCUUUGUGUGCUGAAAGCCUUUACGUGACUGAGUGUUUUGUUGCCCGUAGUCUUAUUUGAUAUUGGUUGUAAGUAGGGCGUGUCUUGCAUGAAUUUCAUGUUCUACGUCCCUGCAAGACGGUCCUUGGUCAAUCUCUUGGCACAAAGUCUCAUGUUAAAGGUCCUCGCAGGUCUUUUAAGUGUCUUCCAUGAUAACAUCUUGUCUCCCUAGACUUUCUCUCCCAGGAUUAUUUUUUUAUAAUAGAGAGAGAGUGCUGUCUAUAAAAAUAUGAGGAGGUUCAUGUAAAAAAAAAAUGCCUGUGAAAUGACCAAACUGUCAGUGGGAAAUUUGCAUUGUGCAUUUAAAUAAGUAAACCAGACUUCUUGAUUUACAUUAGUUUGCAUUGUCUGAUAUACAGUUCAUAAAAUGAAUAGCACAAUACGAACAUAAUCUUAAAUGAGAGGCUUUAGCCUGAACAGCCAUAGAGUGAGUUGUCCUGUUUUCAGGAUUGUGAACUACUGGUAAAAAUAGACUUUAUCUAUGGAUUACAUUGCACAGCCUAUAAAAUGUUUCUUAAAACUAGAGACACAAUUUCUUUGUUUUUGUUCCUAGUUCCGUUUCCCCAAAUUUAUACUUGAAAAGGUCAAGGGUAUAUGCUGUUAACAUUUUACUAAACAGUCUUGAGGAAGCCCUUUCUACAUUAGCUGCACAUUAAAAUUACCUUUUUUGAAAGUAAUGGAAGAAUAUUUUUAACUAGUAGUAGAGAGGUAUCUGUUUAUAGUUUCUUGCAAUUGGAAUGAAUGUGUUUCUAUAACUUUAGGGCCUGUAUUGUGUUCUUAUUUAGUUUAAACCAGUUUGCAUGUUAUCUUGUACUUGUAGGUGCCAAGUGAUUAACUGCCUGCUCGAUCUGCAUAAGACAACAAGAAUAAAUUCAUGAAGAAUCAUACGGUAGUUGCCUAAUUCAUUAAAACCCAAUGAGCAGCAUCCGUGCUUCUUCAUCACUGGCAGGUUCUUUUUUUCCGAUCACUGAAUGUUGUAGACAUUUUUUUUGAUUGCUAGUGUAAAACUGUAAUUCUGCACUGUUCUCCCUUGCUAACUAUGCUGCAGUUGCUCAGUUAAUCAUUAACGUUCUUGGAAUGCUGUGAACUACUUUUACCAUAAAAAAGGUUUUAUAAAUAAAUGUCCGUAUUUUUUAGAGUAAAAAUGUUGUUUGUUUUCUGUAGCAAGUGUGUUUGUUGAAUGACCAUUUUCACACAACUACUUUUACAUACUGUGCAAAAUGACAUAUUUUAGGACAACAUUGCAUGAGGGAAUGUUAACUGAGGUGAUUUCUUCAUGGUUUUAUUUACAUACAGCAAGUCCUCAUGUGCUCACAUACUGAGACCGGGCCAGUUCAGAGUGAUAAGUUAACCUAAUGUGAGGUGGUAAAGAGAAUAUCAGACUAUGCAUUCAUGCUUAUUUUUUUCCUUUGCAAAAUGUUUUUUAGAAAAUAACCCGUCAGGGUUGGCAUUUGGCCUUCUGAGUGUUGAGCCCAUCUAAGAUUCCUGGUAGGAUAUGCAGCAACUAAUACUGAAAAUACGUUGAGAACAAUCAAAAAGGUUUUCUUUUAAAUUCUAUCAUCUGAUUAUUUAUGGAGUGUCUGUUCAGUGUGUACUUAUCACCCCUUCCCCUUUCGUAAAACCAAAAUGUGAAAUGAAGAACCUGCCUGAGUUAGUACUUGGGCUAAAAAAAUGAUCAGUUCUAACACAGGCAUGAGGUGCUCAAGAGAUAGCAGUAAGUUUGGCUGGUGCUUCUUGGCAGAAUAACACAUUGGCUGGUGUCCAUCAGUGUACUGGAGCCCUCAAGUCUCACCAUAGAUUUCAAACACAGUUCAGUUUCUAGCCUUUGCCAAGUAUGCUUGUGGGUAUUCAAUCCUAAGCUUUUGGCUGACAUUAAAACAAAUCAUCAAAAUAGUUUAAGUUUUAGUAAUCUUUUUUAUUCUUGCCACUACAAAUCAUUGUGCUGUUUCACUGCUGGGUUCAGUAGGAAUGGUGUUAAUGUUUAUGAGUUCAUUGCCUGCAUGCAGUGUCACAUCUUAAACUUCAUUUCCCUGCCAUUGUCAUUUGGCGUUAAUUACAUUGUAACCAAUUUUCUUGUUACUCUCACACACAUCUUUAUAACAUAAUAUUAAUAUUACCAAAGAGACAUUUUUUUUCCCCGGCUUUAUUUAGAAGUCUCUGUACUAAUUGUAAAUGACUCUUACUUUUUUUUUCCAGCAAUUUCUCUACCUUACAGUUACUGCUUCCAGAAGGAUGGACUGAUAUAUGGUACACAGUGUUUUGGUGCCAUAAAUUGUUUUGCUUUGAUAUUAGUAAUAGACCUUAUGGUGAGCCAAGAUAAAUUUAGAGACACCCCUCUCAACCACAAGUUUAUUUUGAAGGGUUUUUGUUCUCUAUUAAAACACACGAGUACCAAGCAUCCCUUUAUCAAGUCAUAGGCAGUGAUAUUAAAUUCACUGUUUGGAGUGUUUCUUUGUAUCCUAGUGGAGCCAGAGCCCUAGAUUCAGAUCCUGCACCAGAUUGUUCUUUUAUUUGGAGUUUGCUUGUCUUCCAAAGGGAUUUCCUGCCACAUCCCCAGGGAUGUGCAGCCACUCGGACCCCCAUGAAUUUUAUUGAAUGAGUUUGUAAAUGUAAUAUCUUACAGGAUUUACAUGUUUGCUUUUUGCAAUCAUUGUGUAUCUGUGGCAACUCAUUUUUAACAUUUUUUGUUAUACUUUGUCAAAUACUUUAUAUAAUAAAUAUAUAUUUUUUUGCAUUAUUAUUUUACAUUGAUUGUUUGCCUACGGCCUGAGAGUGCUCAUUAAUGAGCUGUGUCUGACUGCCAAGGGGCAGUGAAUUUCCAGGCCUUUGAAAAUACGCAUCAUUGGGUCUGUAGAUCUUAUAAGUGCACUCAACUAAAUUUUCUUAAAUUUUAACAGACCAGCAGUUUGUUGUGGUUACAGCAGGGUGAUGAUUAGGUUACCUCAAGGCUACGCUUUGCAUUUUUUGGUCAACUUGUGGGCAGUUGCCAUCAUCCUUUUAAGUGCUCCUAAAAUCGUUCUGCAUUGUCCAUCUGGGCAGAUUUUGAAAUGCCAAAUAAAGCACAAGAGGAUGCUGUUAUUAAUCUCAAGUCCAUACAAGAACUCUCCAAACAGCUAGGUUUUGAGUGGACGAUCAUUGCCAAUGAACUGGGAUUUACAAGAGCUGAAGUCAGGCAAUUUCAUGCUUCUUCUGUAGAGAAAAAGGUGCAGGCCCUGAAAAUGCUGGAAUGCUGGUAUGAAAGGUCCUGGAACAAGCUGAACAAGACGAAGCUCCUGCAGGAUGCAUUAGAGCGUGCUGGCCGCCAGGACCUUGCUGACAAGCUGCGCUGUCUCCACUGGGGUCAUCAGAAACUGAGCCACAGAGUGGAGCUUCCUUCUGCCUUCCCUUUCCUCAUUACUGUCCACAAAACCAUCAACAACAGGGAGGGGCUGAAGAAGAUCAACCAGCUGAGUCAGAAGAACGCCUAAUGUGUCAGCCAAGGUGAUCCAUACGAGCAUUCUAGAUGGCAUUUCAAACUGUAACAUGUCUGUCUCAAAUACACUGUGAGCAAAAAAAAAAAAAAAUCUUUGUUAAAAUGUUUUUUUUUUUUUAGUUUUAAAUGUGCAUCUGUUUUAAGAAAAUAAGAUUCCUAAAGGUUUGGUUGGUGUGAACAUUUUUUAAUUUUCAGUUUUG